AUGUCGCCAACAAUCAUCACCCUCAGCGAGUCGACCUACCUGGAGUUCCCCCAGGAGCUUGCGGACCACGUCAUCCAGCUGCUCCAGCACGACUUGGUGUCUCUGAAACACUGCAGCCUCGUGUGCCGCUCGUGGCUUUACUCGAGCCGUAUACACCUCUUCCGGACGCUGUCGUUGACGCCUAAGAAACUGCAACAUCUUCUAGAGGUCAUCGACGCCACACUCUUUCCCGCCAUCCUCCCAUACGUCAGACGCGUUCAUGUCUCCAGCGACGCACACACACCGGCUCCAAACGUCCUCGCCCUCUUCGCAAAAUCCACCCCGAUGCUCACCCACCUACACCUCCAUUCACUCUUUUUCAUCAACUUCCUCGACCUCCUCGACCUCAUAUGCUUGUUUCCAUAUUUGCAAUCCCUCGUCCUGGAGCAAGUUUGUUGGGAGGCCGGAGGGUCGGGGAAGAACCGCGCAGAGAUACAGAGUCGAGUCUUACCACCGUUCGUUGACCACCUUCGUUUACGUAACACUCCCUUGCGCGAGUUGUUCACCUGGAUCGUCCUCCACCCCAAACUGCCAAAGGUCUCGCGCCUCGACGUCGGGCCUAUCGAGGAGUACGACACGCCGUACGUCGGCAAGUACAUGUUUCAAAUCGGCUCCUGCUUCGAGCAUAUGUCGUUUUCCUUCGGGUUCGGCGAGAAGGGGCACAUCUGCGCCACCGACUUCAUCGACAAGAUGCGCGCCGCGUCGGCGCGACCGCACUACCAGCGUCCCGCGAAGGUGACGAUGGCCGACCGGUUUUGGGAGGUGUUCGGGAUCGACCCUUGCGAGGGCAUGUCCACGUUCACGAGCCUUCGCACCCUGCGGAUCGACAAUCUCGUAAACGACACCUACGCGCAUCAGAGCACGGCGCUGUUCUGGGCCCCGCGCGUCAUCUCGUCAGUGCGCUCGUCGAACCUCGCCCACAUCGUCUUCACCAUCCACAUCUCCCGCACCGGCGUCCUCGACAAGUACGACGUCAACUGGGAAUAUUUCGACGAGGUUUUCGCGAGCGAGUAUUAUACGCGGUUGCGAUCAGUUCAUUUUGAGAUCGGCGGACGCGUCAAUGUGGAGAGCGUCGCGAGUCUGAUAUCCUCGAGGCUUCCACGUGCAGCGAGCCGCGGUAUCCUUUCGUUUCAAAAGUUAUAA